CUUUUCCAACACUGCCCGCCUAAGCCGGGUUUUGUUUUCGCACAAAUAGUAAACAAAGGUGAUAAAAACACUUCCGGGCUCCAUGAUCGGUUUAAGCCUCCUCCUGGUGCCCUGCAUCCUGGCCUUAUUGGUCGCCGGCGAUAAGUUACCUAACAUUUUACUCAUACUAACAGACGAUCAAGAUGUGGAGCUCCGAGGCAUGUUUCCCAUGGAGGACACAGUUCAGCUAUUGGGUCUUGCGGGCGCCUUGUUCCACAACGCUUUCACGCCCACGCCAGUUUGCUGUCCGGCGCGGGCCAGCUUGCUGAGCGGGAUGUAUGCCCACAACCAUGGAACCCGCAACAACUCGGUGAGCGGCGGCUGCUACGGAACCCAUUGGCGUCGGGUUCUAGAGCCACGGGCUCUGCCGGCCAUUCUGCAGCAUCAUGGAUACAAUACCUUCUAUGCGGGGAAGUACAUGAACGAUUAUAAGGGGCAGGAGGUGCCGCCGGGCUGGAACGAGUUCCAUGGUCUUCACGGAAACUCCCGCUACUACAAUUACACGCUUCGCGAGAAUGCCGAGAAUGUCCACUACGGGGCAACGUACCUGACUGAUUUGCUGAGCAAUCGUACCGCUGAUUUCCUAAAGAGAGCCAUCCAACAAAAGGGAUCAGGGGAUCAACAGCCCUUCUUUGCAAUGGUGGCUCCGCCGGCGGCACAUCAGCCCUUUACGCCAGCUCCCCGGCACGAGGGCGUAUUUUCUAAAAAGAAAGCCGUGCGAACGCCCAGCUUUAAUCAUCCCAAGGAGGAUAAGCACUGGUUGGUUCGUUCUUCGCGGCUGCUGCCCAACGAGACCAUCAGCACCAUAGACUCGUACUUCCGGAUGCGGUGGGAAACUCUGCUGGCCGUGGAUGAGAUGGUGGCCACUCUGGUGGCCGUUCUUAAUGAGUCGCAAUCCCUCGAUGACACCUACAUAGUGUACACCUCGGAUAAUGGCUAUCAUUUGGGACAAUUUGCACAGCCGUUCGACAAGCGUCAGCCGUACGAAACGGAUAUUCGCAUACCAUUGUUAAUUCGGGGACCGGGCAUAGCACCAGAGAGCCAUAUCCACACAGCCGUCAGUUUGGUGGACUUGGCGCCCACCUUACUGGCCUGGGCCAAUGUCAGUACACCCGCCUACAUGGAUGGGCAGUCGUUUCACGAGCUUUUGUCCACCGACUCCGAUGGAGUUCCCGCUGGAUCUUUCCCGCGGUCCCUGCUCAUAGAGUACUGGGGCGAGGGCAAUCGCAACACCUACAAUCCCGAGUGUCCCUGGUCGGAAUGGGAUAACUUGGCGCAAUGCACCUUGGAUGCGGAUUGCCAUUGCCAGGAUGCCUGGAAUAACACGUAUGCUUGCAUACGAAGUGUUCGACAAAGGGACGAUCGCAUUUACUGCGAGUUUCGUGAUUAUGAGAACUUUUUGGAGGCCUAUGAUCUGCAGUUGGAUCCCCACCAGAUGACCAACAUUGCCUACGAUCUCCUGCCAAUUGAACGGGCUUUGUAUUCACUGCGACUGAAGAAUCUAACUCAGUGCUCUGGUCACUCGUGCUUUGUUUAGAUGAGCUAAUACACCUUGUUAACUAUUUAACCUAAAUUACUGUCUUUUUUUCUAGUUGUUUUGUGAAAUUUUUGUAUUUAGAUAUCAUGUGAUUUAAGUAUCUAUUAUUGUACAAAAUAUAUACAAGUUGUUUUCCUUAAA